UUAAACUCUAUUUAAAUAAGAAAAUAGCAUUUGACAAUUCGAUUUGAGAAUACAAAAUUUGAUAUAAAAUUUCAGAUUAAUACUGAAUUGUUGUUUAUUAUUCAAAUCUUUUGUUUUGGUUUUCUAUUUAUUUCUUUCUCCUGUACUAGAUCUGCUAGAGGCUUCCAUUUCCUCAGAAAAAUCCUAAAUCCAUUCAAUUUCAAACCCUAAAUCCAUUUAUAAACCACACAAUAAAAGAAUUAGUCGCUGAAAUUUGUAAAAGGGAUCUCUCUCUCUGUUCCGUUGUGAUGUCAGCAAGUAGUAAUGGGGUGUCGAUUUGGUUCAACAGGAAGGUGGUUGAUCCCCUCCUCGAAAUCCUCCGCAGGGGUGCAGAACCGAAGCUGUUGGCCUUCUCUGCGGCUCUUGGCCUUACCAUUGGAUUAUUUCCAAUAUGCGGGACAACUGUGGUUCUGUGUGGAAUGGCAAUUGCAUUGCUGCGAUCGCACUGCCAUGCUCCAACUGUCAUGCUGGCUAAUGUCCUUGCUACACCAAUAGAACUGAGUUUGGUUGUACCUUUCUUGCGUUUUGGUGAAUUUAUCUCUGGUGGAGCUCAUUUUCCUUUAACUUCUGACGCUUUCAAGAAAGUGUUAACUGGCCAAGCUUCAUAUGAGGUCUUAAUAAGUAUUGCGCAUGCGUUGUUGGGAUGGCUUGUUGCUGCUCCUUUAAUUUUUGCCGCUCUGUACGUGGCAUUUUUACCAUUGUUUAAGGUGUUGGUUCCCAAGUUCAGCGCUGUUCCUUUAAGCCCAAAGAAAUCACUUUCAACCACAGAAGUCAGGCUUAAGGUAAGAGAUGCCUGACUAAAAUUGUAAUAGCCACACACAGUUAUUUCUCGUGCCAUAAACAGGGAAGUUUGUUCACAUGUUUCUGACAUUUAGUACCCCAAGUACAUAGAACAGCACUGGUGAUACGAUGCUUACUCUGCUCUGGCUCUCAGCGUGUAUUAUAUAAGUAUGAUUCUUUA